AUGUCUUUCCUCUUCGGCGGCGCCCCCAAGAUGAGCUCGGAGCAGAAGAUUGCUGCCGCAGAGACCGAAGUCGAGAUGGUCACAGACAUGUUCAACCGGUUAACAGAGUCCUGUGCCAAGAAGUGCAUCCCCAACGACUACCGCGAGGCCGAUCUGAACAAGGGCGAGUCCGUCUGCCUUGACCGCUGCGUCGGCAAGUUCUUCGAGGUCAACAUCAAGGUCAGCGAGAAAAUGCAAGGUCAGGCGGCUCAGGGUGGUGGUUUGAGCAUGUAA